AUGCCUGAACCAACAAAAUCUGCUCCCGCUCCCAAGAAGGGCUCUAAAAAAGCUGUUACUAAGACUCAGAAGAAGGGCGAUAAGAAGCGCAGAAAGACUAGGAAGGAGAGCUAUUCCAUCUACGUGUACAAAGUGCUGAAACAAGUUCACCCGGACACCGGUAUCUCCUCUAAGGCCAUGGGGAUCAUGAACUCCUUUGUGAACGACAUCUUCGAGCGUAUCGCUGGGGAAGCGUCUCGUCUGGCUCAUUACAACAAGCGUUCAACCAUCACUUCCCGGGAAAUCCAGACCGCUGUGCGCCUGCUUCUGCCGGGGGAGCUGGCCAAACAUGCUGUGUCUGAGGGCACCAAGGCAGUCACCAAGUACACCAGCUCCAAAUUUGCGUCUUGAAAUAAAGGAAUCUGAAAAGCUAGAAAAUAUAUUUCCACCAACCGUCACCACUGGACCACCGCUCCCAAAAAAAUGUAUAAAAGAAAGUGAUUUAAUUUUUUUUUUUUGAAAAAAGGUCUAUGUUUAAUUGAAAACUCUUCCUCCCUUCUCCAAUACAAGAGGGUAUUGGAGAUGAGUGCAUGCAGGUUGAUUGCUUUCUGUAAGUGGUAAGAGGAGGCCUGGAAAACUUGAUGGUAAGUGACCUAGUGGGUCCACACUGAAGUAUCUGUCUAUGAUAAAGAUGGGAACACUGUCUCUGCAACAAGCAGUCAAUAUUUGAAGGGAUUCCCCAACCCUGGUGCCUUGACUCACAGGGGUACUUAGCAGCAAUAUCAUGGGGAGCCUCAGAA